GAGGGCGUUCGGCCGUUGCUCCGCGUGCAUGUGCCGGGCACGCUUCUCGAAUUUUAAAAAUAAAACUUAUUUAACGCGUACACGUAUCCUGUUCCUUUACAUAACAUUCCGUGAUACUUAAAAAAUCGAUGAUUCAUAGUAUUAUUUCAUCAUUUUACGCUUGAGUUUUUACAAAUUGUAUUAUUAUUAGACAUGUUUUAAAUAAAUACUUAGCAUCGAAACCAGUCGCGUCGAGAUAUUCGAACGCAUACCCAGAAAAAUAAACAAUCAGGAAUCGUACGUUAAAAAUGUGAGACGCGUUAGCAAUUAAAAAAAAAAUAAUAUAAAAAAUUACAGAGAUGGAUUGGCGCGAAAAACUUUUUGGUCGCUUCCUCGUCAAAUGCGAUUCGCCGGGCACAAAAAACGGCAAAUUUGAAAAUGUGGCCACAUUAGAAGCAUUAUCCGACUGUGUGGAGGAUGGGGAAGGUGCUGUGUGCGGUAUUUAUUUUUCAUUUGCAAACAUUAGUGACACUAGUGACGAUUUCGGGGUUCGCCUGGAAGAGGUGUACAAAAGAGUGUUUCCUAGAUUGAAGGUCGUAGAAGUAGUGCUGUGGGCUCAUGUCGGUACUCCCGAAGGUCCAGUUGAAAGAGAAGCGGGCUUUCGACGAAGCUUAACUGGGAAACCAUGGUUCGCUGUGCCUUUUCAUGAUGUUGAUACAAAGCGACGUCUCACGCAAAAAUACAGUAUAGCAGUAGGCAUCCCUACCCUCGUGAUCAGAGGUCGCGCGGUCAGAGACGCUUUGCUCAGUGAUCCUUCUGGGGAACGAUUUCCGUGGCCUGCACCACCUCUAGAUGAGGUCCUCAGAGGAGUAGAGCUGGAUGGAGAAAAUAAGAAACUCUACGAGCAGUUGCCCCUUGAUGCUGUUAGGGUCUUCUACUUCGCUGCACACUGGUGCCCACCGUGCCGGUCGUUUGCCCCGAGUCUUUGCGCAGCUCUAUCAGCAGUGCGCAAGCGACGAUCAAAAUAUGCCAACACGCAGCUCAUACUGGUUUCCAGUGACAGAUCCGAGCAGUCAUACGCACGUACUCUGGCCUCUCUAUCCUCCGGAAACGCGCUGGCUAUACCAUGGUCGGCCAGCGAAGCUCGACUUGCUCUGCCAGCGGCCCUCGGUGUAGCGGGCAUCCCGGCACUAGUUAUCACGGAUGGCACUGGCAAAGUGCUUACAUCAAAUGGAAGGCAAAACCUAGCAGCUGAUCCUAUGGGAUUGAACUUCCCAUGGGCUCCGCGCCCCGUGUCCGUGUUGACUGAACAGGCAUUGCUAAAGAUGGCGCGUCAUCCCGCAGUCGUACUCUUUAUAGACGAUGAAGAUUCUGAAAUAGAAUUUUCGGAGUCGGUCCUAACACCAUCCGCCGAAUCCUACUACGAGGAAUGCAGCAUCCAGUACCCUGGAUUUUGCCCCUAUCAAAACUCAUCGGACGAUGAGACAAUGGACUUCGACUACAGCACCACCAAAUCAUCCACCAGAAAGAAGAAAUCAUUCAAGCACGUCAUGUUCUACAUCGGCAUUGAUGGAACGGAUAGCGCUGACAUGAUCAGAGAACACAUAGGCCUGGAUGACGCGGUACCUCUCCUCACUGCUAUAGAUUUCCCAAAACAACGUAUGGUCACUAUGAGAAAUGGGGAUGAAAUUACAACAGAUUCCGUACAGAAUUUCGUCGACGCUUUUCUGAGUGGUAAUGCCGAUUUUAAACCUUUAAAGCCUUAUAGUGAAAAGUGUUAAACGAACUCGUUUACAUCCUAUUGACAUUUACAACCAGCAACAAUCUUAUUCAAAUGAAAUUUAAAUUUAAUCCACACUGCUUUCAAAAUUCACAGCAGUAUAUAAAACAAUGGUCUGGAAAAAAUUAUAAUUAUUAGACAUGUUGAAACUGAAUUCGAACCAGUAAGAGUCAUGAGCAAUUCACGAGUCGCUAUAGCCUGUUCUAUCAAAAAACAAA